AUGAUAAUAAAUAUUUAUCUUAUAUUUAAUUUAUUAUAUAAAAUCAUAAAAUAAAAAAUUGAUUUCACAAAUACAUCGAUUGUGUAUUAAUAUGAAAUACCUUCAACAGUUGAUUCAAGAAAUGAAAUGACAUAUUGUGGUGUGUAUGCUCAAAUUGAUUAAGUAAUGAAUGUCGGUGUUGUAUCAAUUCCUCAUAUAAGAUCUAAGUAAUCAUACAGAUUUACACAAAUUACUCAGAUACAUCAACAGGUAAAUGUAAUUUAAAUAUUCUUAGCUUAUUGGAGUAUAAGAGAAUUCAUACUAAAAGUAAAUGGAUUUCCUAACCUGAAAAAUUUAAAUGACUUAAAGUUUUCCAAUAAUAAGAUACCUCCUUGGAAAAUAAUAUUCAAAAAUGCACCAAUAUUGUAAUGUGGUUCUAAUCCAUUUAUUGGAGGAUCAAAUGCAUUAGAUAAAGUUCCUAUUUGUUGA